AUGGCGCCGCGGAAGGGGGCCAAGCGGACGGCGGCCACGGCGGCCACGACAAAGGCCAAGACGGCCAAGUCAACCAAGGCCACUGCGACCAAGGGGGCCAAGGGGGCCAGGACCACUGUCGACCCGGAAGCCCUCAACAAGGCCAAGCAGGAUGUCCAAGGCGUGUUCAAGCGCUCGGCCGCUAAACUGGAGACCCUGGUCAAGGACCAACACCCAGACGCUCAAAUCGUCUUCAACUCUGAAAAGCCGCGUCGCGGCUGUUUCGAGGUCACGGUCAACGGCAAUGUCGUUGUCAGCCUGCUUGAAAUGCCGCGCCCUUUCAAAAAGCUUCGCGAAUACGACCUCGACAAGGCCGCCGAAGAAAUUGCAGCCAAGCUCAAGGCCCGCUGCUCCUUUCCUCUCCAGUUGGGAGCGCGGUCACCUUUGCGCAGCACGGUAGGGGCUAGUGGUCUGUGGUCGGACAAGCCGGUACUCGUACCCCUCUCAUGA